AUGAGUUUGAAUGCUUAUCAAAAUUUGAAAUUAAGUAAUAAGCCAUGGCAAUGUUGUGUAUGCAUCAAUAUUACUCGGCGAAGAGGGGACAACACGAAUACCCCAGUCCGUAAACCAAAUACACUUGACGAAUCGGUGAUGUCAUGUGAUGUUACUAUGCAUCAAAGUGAAAUGGAAUGUUCCGUGUCUGCUGAAAAUCAUACUAUUUCGCUGCAACAAUUUGGAGUUUUGUUGGAUUCUAGAUUGGAAAGGUUUAAAGCUGAUUUUUUCUCAGAUAUUAAGGCUUCCAUAAGAAGUGAGAUUCACUUGGCUAUUACUGCAUUAAAGGAUGAAUUCACAGUCACCGUCGACUUUUUAGAGGAAGGACAAAAAAGAAUCAACGGUACCUUGGCGGCUGCAGUUGAGAGAGUUUCUGAACUGGAAUGUAAUAAAAACAAGCUUCAGGGUGAUAUUUACGAACUUGAACGUCGAUUAAAAAUUUCUGAAAAAACAUCUCGUAGCAUGAACAUUGAAAUACAAGCUGUUCCUGAAAAACGCAGUGAAAAUGUUGUUGGUAUUUUCAAAAAAAUAUGUGAUGUGAUUAAUUUCCCUAUAUCUGAUACUGAAAUUCAUGCAUGCCGCCGAGUUGCUAAAAUUAAUUCCUCUUCAAAUCGUCCUCGUAACAUACUUGUUACUCUGCCAUCUCCUCGUCAUCGUGACAAUAUCUUAUCUGCUGUUAGAAAGUUUAAUAAGGAUAACCCUAAACAAACUUUAAGCACAUUCCAUUUUGGUUACUCUGGAGAAACAAAGAAAAUGUAUAUAGUUGAACAUUUAUCUCCUGAAUGUAAGGAACUUCACUCACUAGCCAGAAGAUUUGUUAAGGAUAAGGCUUAUAAGUUUGUAUGGGUAAAAUAUGGACAAAUAUACAUUCGAAAAGAUGAACAAUCAAGUGCUGUGCUAGUAAAAAACGCUGAAAUGCUUAAGAGACUUUUAUAA